AUGGCGUCCUCGUUCGGAGUGUGGGAUUAUGUCGUGUUCGUCGCGAUGCUGCUGGUAUCUGCCGGUAUUGGGGUGUACUAUCGGUUUUCCGGUGGAAAGCAAAAAACCAACACGGAGUACCUGCUAGCUGACCGCAACAUGUCGAUUUGGCCGGUUUCAUUCAGCCUGAUGGCAAGCUUCAUGUCCGCGAUCACGCUCCUCGGAGUGUCCAACGAAAACUACCAGUUCGGGACGCAAUUCGUGUCGAUCAACCUGUCGUACGGAUUGGCCACUCCGAUCGCGGCCUACCUUUUCCUGCCGGUGUUUUUCCGCCUGCAAGCCUGCAGCGCGUAUGAGUACCUGGAAAAGCGGUUUGGGAAAAAGACCCGAUUGGCCGCCUCGUUGGCCUACACGCUGCAGAUGAUCCUGUACAUGGGUAUCGCGGUGUACGCACCAGCCCUUGCCCUCCAAGCCGUCACCGGGCUCGAUCAGAUGUACUCGAUCUUCGUGAUCGGUGGCAUUUGCACGUUUUACUCCACGAUCGGUGGCAUGAAGGCGGUCCUGUUCACGGACGUCUUCCAGUCGGUGCUGAUGUUCGCUGCCAUCUAUGCCGUCAUCAUCUGUGCCGCCGUUAAAGCGGGUGGACUUGGUCCGAUUUGGGAGGCCGCUUCCGAAGGUGGCCGGCUUGAGAUCUGGAACUUCGAUCCGAACCCAACAACCCGGCACACCUGGUGGUCGCUAACGAUCGGUGGCAUGUUCACGUACCUCUCGCUUUACGCCGUUAACCAGACCCAGGUGCAACGGCUCAAGACGGUGAAGGACCUCCGAUCGGCACAAAAAGCACUCUGGCUGAACUGGCCCAUCCUGUCACUGCUCAGUCUCAGCACGUCGUUCAGCGGUUUAGCGAUCUACUACUUCUACCGGACCUGUGACCCAUUACGGCAGGGCCGGAUCUCGGUUCGUGACCAAACGAUGCCACUGUUCGUGGUGGACGCGAUGGGCGAUCUGCCCGGACUGCCGGGUCUGUUCGUGUCCGGUAUCUUCUCCGCCAGCCUGUCCACGGUGUCCGCCGCCCUCAACUCGCUGGCCGCCGUCACACUCGAGGACUACCUGAAACCGCUCUAUCUGCUCGUGAAGCGCAAACCACUCCCCGACCUGCAGUCCAGCUUCCCGAGCAAGGUGAUGGCGUUCGUGUACGGGCUCAUCUGCAUUGGGGUCGCGUUUCUGUCGCAAAAGCUCGGUGGUGUCCUGCAGGCGUCCCUCACCAUCUUCGGUGUCGUCGGUGGACCGCUGUUUGCGCUCUUCUCUAUGGGGAUGUUUACGACCCGCGCAAACCAACGGGGCGUGAUAACCGGUCUGAUCGUAGGCCUGUCGUUCUCACUGUGGACGGGUUUUGGCCAACCUCGGCCACCCCUAAAAACACUCGAUUUCUCCGUCGAAGAUUGCUCUGCGUUCGGGGGCUACAACCAAACGAGCCUCCCACUAGCGAUGGCCCAACGGGCCGCAGAACCACGUGACGACUCCGACUACUUCUAUCUGUACCGGUUGUCCUACCUGUGGUUCAGCGUGCUCGGAUACCUCGUGACGUUUGCCGUCGGAUACGGCACCAGCCUGCUGCUCCGUUGGCUCGGAGCUCAUGGCACCGAACGCAUCUACCUCGACGAACAGCGGGUUUACCUCAACACCGACCUCUUCUCGCCGCCAGUCGCCCGUGCCAUGAAACAACGGCUGGCAAAAUACAUCGAAAACGGUGGCGAUAUUGACGCCACGACAGCGAGCCAACACUCGACCAGUGUGCAAAUGCCCACGGUUAGUAAAUAAGCCAACGCCAUCGUCACCACGUGGCCACGGUCCAGUCCAGCUGAGCAGGACCGACCUGGACCUGG